GAGAUAAAAUUGUUUUAUUUGUACUACAUCCAUCAUUGGACAUAUCAAAGCAGGAACUUGGUAACCAGACCUGUACUACCUAGCCAAACUGGUAACCAGACAUGUAAUGUACUCUCUAGCUGUAUUUCAUGUUCAUUCUAUAUAUAAUAUAUAGGCAUAUAACACACACACACACACAGAGGAAGAAGAAAACCUCUCUCACAUAUCCAAAACCCUCUCUCUUUCUAUAGACACCAUGAACAAGUUUGGAGUUUGUCCCUUGCACAUAACAAUGAUAACACUCCUCGUUGUUGUUCUUCCUACUGUAAUUUCUGCUGAGUGCACAUGUGAUGUUGAAACCGAAAAGCCAAGCAGAAGUGAAUCCCUCAAGUAUAAACUAGCUGCAAUUGCUUCUAUUCUUGUUGCUGGUGCUAUCGGGGUGAGCCUCCCAUUGCUGGGAAGGAAAAUUGAAGCUCUGAACCCUGAAAACGAUAUCUUCUUCAUGAUCAAAGCCUUUGCUGCAGGCGUCAUUCUAGCAACCGGCUUCAUCCACAUACUGCCUGAUGCCUUUGACAAUCUAACAUCGCCCUGCCUUGAGGAGAAACCGUGGGGGAGUUUUCCAUUCACGGGGUUCGUGGCCAUGAUGUCUUCCAUCGGAACUUUAAUGGUGGACUCAUUCGCAACUAGUUUUUAUAAGAAUAAGCACUUCGAUAAGUCUCAGCAGGGGGGUGUGGUUGACACAGAGAGGGAUGAAGAGCAUGGAGGGCAUGUUCAUAUUCACACACAUGCCACACAUGAUCACGCUCACGCUCACGCUCACGGCUCUGCAAUUCCCUCUGAUGAAAGGGGUGCAUCAGAACUCAUCCGGAAUCGUGUCAUUUCACAAGUUCUGGAGUUGGGAAUUGUUGUUCACUCAGUAAUCAUUGGAAUCUCCUUGGGAGCUUCUGAAAGCCCUGAAACAAUAAAGCCUCUGUUAGCAGCACUGUCUUUCCAUCAGUUUUUCGAGGGCAUGGGACUAGGCGGCUGCAUCUCUCAGGCCAAAUUCAAGUCCCUAUCCAUGGUGAUUAUGGCACUCUUCUUCUCCCUCACCACUCCAGUAGGGAUUGCGAUUGGUAUCGGAGUAUCAAGUGUUUACAGCGAAACAAGCUCAACUGCCCUAAUUGUUGAAGGGAUGUUCAAUGCUGCUUCGGCCGGGAUCUUGAUAUACAUGGCACUUGUUGACCUACUAGCAGCAGAUUUCAUGAACCCAAGGAUGCAAAACAACAGAAGGCUUCAACUAGGAGCAAAUAUUUCACUUCUUCUAGGAGCUGGUUGUAUGUCUGUUCUAGCCAAAUGGGCUUGAAUACUCAGAGCAAAAUAUGUAAUUUUUGAGUCAAGUGCUCUCA